GACUCCUGUACAUGGUGGUAGAAAUGACAGCCCAGGAGGCUCCAUAGUGAGGGGUUGUCAGAGGAGGACACGCCUGCCCCCAGGUUCUUACAAUAUAGGAUCCUCUCAGUGGAGAUCUUCUAUAUAAGAUCCUUCUUCUGAUUGACCUCGCAAGAAUGGAUAGGGACAGGGACAAGAAUGCGGAGAGUAUAAUAAAUCUCACCCUAGAGAUCCUCUUCCGGCUUACUGGAGAGGACUACACAGUAGUGAAAAAGACCUGUAGUGAGCGCUGUCAGGACCCUGUGUCUGAAGGAUGGGGAAGAACCCUUAGCCCAAUCAUGGAGCUUCCACCUCACCCCCUGAUACAUGAGGAAAUCAAUAGAGAGAAGAUCCUAGAACUCACCAACAAGAUGAUUGAGCUGCUGACUGGAGAGGUUCCUAUAAGGUGUCAGGAUGUCACAGUCUAUUUCUCCAUGGAGGAGUGGGAGUAUUUAGAAGAACACAAAGAUCAGUACAAGGACUUCAUGAUGGAGGAUCACCGGCCCCUCACAUCACCAGUAAAGAAGAAGAGAAGAACAUCGGAGAGAUGUCCCAGUCCUCUUCUUCCACAAGAUGGUUCAGAAGAGCAUCACAAUGUGCCACAGGAUGAUCAGCUUGUGAAUCCAGGUGAAGAUCUGAAUAUUAUAUAUGUUACAGAGACAUAUGUGAAGGGUGAUGAGCAGAGUACAGAGGACAAUCCUGCAGAUAACCGCCCAGAUGACUGUACCAGGAACUUAGAGAAACAUCUGGUAUCUUCAGAUUUUGAAGUAGAUGAUCAUGGUAUCAUACAAGAUAUAUAUGAAGAGCAUGCCAAUAUCCAAGAUAUAUCUUCAUCCAAUCACAGCAAAAAUGUAUUAUUUGAUCCUUUUAAACAGGUCCGAUCUUCUGAUUCAUCAGAGACUGUAACACAAAAUAAAAGUCACAGAAAAGGUGGUAAACAUCCAACAGCUCACGUAAGAGAGAAGACAUUUUCAUGUUUAGAAUGUGGAAGAUUUUUUAGAUAUAAAUCAGAAUUAGUGAGACAUCAGAGAAUUCAUACAGGGGAGAAGCCUUUUUUAUGUUCAGAAUGUGGGAAAUGUUUUAGCCAGAAAUCAGAACUUGCCAUACAUCAAAGAUUUCACACAGGGGAGAAGCCAUAUUCAUGUUCAGAAUGUGGGAAAUGUUUUCAGACAAAAUCAGCUCUUGUUAUACAUCAGAGAAUUCACACAGGGGAGAAGCCAUAUUCAUGUUCAGAAUGUGCGAAAUGUUUUCACUGUAAUUCAUCUCUUCUUAAACAUCAGAGAAUUCACACAGGGGAGAGGCCAUUUUCAUGUUCAGAAUGUGGAAAAAGUUUUCACAAGAAAAUUGCUCUUGUUGUACAUCAGAGAAUUCACACAGGAGAGAAGCCAUAUCCAUGUUCAGAAUGCAGUGAAUGUUUUAAGCAUAAAUCAGCUCUUAUUAUACAUCAGAGAGUUCACACAGGGGAAAAGCCAUUUUCAUGUUCAGAAUGUGGGAAAUGUUUUAACAAUAAUUCAGCUCUUGUUGUACAUCAGAGAACUCACACAGGAGAAAAGCCAUUUUCAUGUUCAGAAUGUGGAAAAUGUUUCAAGCAGAAAUCAGCUCUUGUUACACAUCAAAAAACUCACAGAGAAGAGAGGCCAUUUUCAUGUACAGAAUGUAGGAAAUGUUUUAAGCAGAAAUCAACUCUCGUUUCACAUCAGAAAACUCACAGAGAGAAGCCAUCUCCAUGCUUAGCCCUUUAGUGACCGACCUUAUGUGUUUUUAUGGUAGUCAGUGUCACUAACUGGCUUUAUUCCGUCAGAUACUCCUUUUUACAGGGAGAUAAAACAGAACCUUGCUUUGAGUUACCAGAUGUGUCUGAGGGCUAAGAGUGAUGAUUGGGACCACUGUGAGAUCUCCCCAAACACGUAUUGUCUCCUGUAUUGAAU